AUGAUCAAGGAUGUGCGAGUCCCUCUCAAGUCGGGUGGAGCAACUACAUGUCGAGGAUGUCAACAAGGGAAAAUGGUCCAAAAACCAUUUCCAAGCAACCGAGACAAGCGCAGCUACGAUACGUUUGAGCUACUUCAUCUGGACAUCUGCGGGCCCAUGGAAAAGGAUUCGCUCGGUGGCAGCAAAUAUUUGCUGCUGAUCAUCGACGAAGCCAGUGGAUGCAUGAAGGGCUUUUGUCUACGAGUGAAGUCCGAGAGUGAAGACUACAUCCGGAAAUAUAUCACCAUGGUACAGACGCAAUUCUGUAAGAAGGUCAAGUUCGUGCGACACGACGGAGCUCGCGAGUUUGCAACCAACUCGCUUCAACUGUUCUACGAAGACGAAGGCAUUGAACAGCAGACAACGGUGCCGUAUUCACAUCAAACAAACGGAACAGCAGAGCGUGCAAUUAGGACUAUUGUCACGAUCGGCCGAAGCAUGCUUCAUCAUGCCAAACUGGACAAGUGUUUCUGGGCCGAAGCAGCGAUGACGGCCAUCUACGUCAAGAAUCGACUGCCGUCACCUAAAGUCGUGCACAAGACCCCGUUUGAGAUCGUCUACAACUUGAAACCAAGCGUCAAGCACAUGCGAACAUUCGGGUGUCAGACAUACAUACUGACGCCUAAAGAGAAUCGACUCAAGUGGGAUCCAAAGGCUCGCGCUGGCAUAUUCGUGGGCUACGAAGAAGUUUCGAAGGCAUAUCGUGUUUAUGACAUCGAGGCGGGGCAGGUGGUUAUCAGCCGCGAUGUCAACUUCGACGAGUCCACCUUUGGACUUCAACUGCCGAUCACUGAUGAAGAUGUCGAUGACCUGGACUUCGAAUUGCUGGAUCUUGAUGACGAAGAGCUGCGUCAAAUGGAGUACAAGCAAACAGGCAAGCGCAAGAACCGACUCAAUGAUGAAGAUACAGCAGCUCCACGACCGCGUGCAGUGCGUCAACGACCAGGACUAGAAGAGUCAAGCGCGCCGGAAAACAACUCGUCACGCCAAGAAGAAGACGAAGAAACGAAGGAUUCUGGUGAUUCAACACCGCCUGUGUUUUGGCGUGCGAGUGCAAAUGCCGUUGAAGCAGCAGUGGACUUAUCAGAACCCUCAACAUUUGAAGCAGCAGUAAGCGGCCCUGACCAAGUGCACUGGAGAAAAGCAAUUCAUGCAGAGCUCGAGUCAAUGCGACUUCGCGGUGUGUUUCGUGCAGCCAAGCUGCCCAACGGACAACGCGCCAUUGGCACAAAAUGGGUGUUCAAGAUCAAGCGCAAGGCGGAUGGGUCAAUCGAGAAGUACAAGGCACGACUUGUGGCCAAGGGUUUCCGCCAAAAGUAUGCAUCGACUACACGGAGACGUUUUCGCCUGUGGUCAACUUUCCUGUAUGGCGUCAUGAAGGAACAAGUGUUCUGCGUGAUUCCUGAAGGCGUCGAACUUGACAUGCCAGGCUUCGACCCAUGUCUCUACAUCAAGACUUCGGACGGCCAUUGCGUGUUUAUACUGGUCUACGUGGACGACGUCUUGGUGACUGGAAGCUCGCUCGAGCUGAUUGCACACACCAAGGAAGACCUGAAGACACGCUUCGAGAUGACUGAUAGCGGCAAGUGUGCAUUUGUUCUUGGAAUUGAGCUUUUGGACGGUGAAGAUGGCAGUGUGACACUAUGUCAGCGUCGGUAUGUCGAUGAUAUCCUCAAGCGCUUUGGCAUGGAUGAUUGCAAGGCAGUCGCAAGUCCAGUCGACAUGAGCUCUCGACUUGUUUCAAGUGAUGCAACUACCAAGGUCGAUGCUCCUUUUCGCGAAGCUGUUGGUGCGUUGAUGCACCUGACCACUGCAACGCGUCCGGACAUUGCGUUUGCUGUGGGCUAUGUGUCGCGGUUCAUGAAAAAUCCCCAAGAAGAACACUGGGUUGCAGUUAAGCGUAUCUUUCGCUACCUACAAGGCACCAAGACGCAUGGAAUUUGCUACAAGCCAAGUGCAAGGAUCGACUUCCGUGGAUAUUCGGAUGCGGAUUGGGCUGGUGAUCUUACCGACCGCAAGUCAACAUCGGGGUACACGUUCACGCUACUCGGUGCGCCAGUCAGUUGGGGCAGCAAGAAGCAGCCAAGUGUUUCGUUGUCCACGAGUGAAGCCGAAUACAUCGCACUCAGCUUGGCGAUUCAAGAGGGCAAGUGGAUUCAUCGUCUGCUUUGUGAGAUCGUGAUGGCUGCCAAUGAAGAAGGACCGGAACUCAUGAUUCAUGAAGACAAUCAGUCAUUUAUCAAGAUGACGAAGAACCCAGUCAACCACGGCCGUGCCAAGCACAUUGAUAUCAAGUACCAUCACAUCCGUGAUGAGGUCAAGCGCGGUGAAGUGAAGCUCAAGUACUGUGAAACUGCGGUGAUGUUAGCGGACAUCAUGACGAAGGGACUUCAUGGACCACGCCACAAGGAGAUGACGACGGCUCUUGGGAUUCGUGAGCAUUCGGAUUGA